UGCUCCUGAAGCCCGUGCGCAGGCGCAGUGGUCCCAUUCGCACAGCCGGGUUCUUUUCGGUGGCCGCGCCUUCCUCGCCUCUCUUCAGAGCAGCCCCGCCGGGAGCGGAGUCGCGUUGACUGGCCAGAGUCCGCGAGUCCCGCUUCCCUCAGCCCGGACGCUUCAUCCCUUUUGAAGCUGUGAGACUAUCGCUGCUUCAGCAUGUCCCUACACCAGUUCUUACUAGAGCCUAUAACCUGCCAUGCCUGGAACCGAGACCGAACACAGAUUGCCAUUAGUCCUAAUAACCAUGAAGUCCACAUCUAUAAGAAGAGUGGGAACCAGUGGGUGAAGGCUCAUGAGCUGAAAGAACAUAACGGACACAUCACUGGCAUUGACUGGGCUCCCAAGAGCGACCGCAUUGUCACCUGUGGUGCUGACCGCAAUGCUUACGUCUGGAGCCAGAAGGACGGAGUGUGGAAACCGACCCUGGUGAUUCUGAGGAUCAACCGAGCAGCCACCUUUGUGAAGUGGUCCCCUCUGGAGAACAAAUUUGCCGUCGGAAGCGGAGCCCGGCUCAUCUCUGUGUGCUACUUUGAAUCUGAAAAUGACUGGUGGGUGAGCAAGCACAUUAAGAAGCCCAUUCGCUCCACGGUCCUGAGCCUAGAUUGGCACCCCAACAAUGUCUUGCUGGCAGCUGGAUCCUGUGACUUCAAAUGCAGAGUGUUCUCGGCGUACAUUAAGGAAGUGGAUGAAAAACCAGCCAGCACACCCUGGGGCUCGAAAAUGCCUUUCGGGCAGCUGAUGGCAGAAUUCGGUGGCACCGGAAGUGGCGGCUGGGUCCACAGUGUCAGCUUUUCGGCCAGCGGCAACCGCCUCGCCUGGGUCAGCCACGAUAGCACCGUGUCCGUGGCAGACGCCUCCAAAAACAUGAUGGUUUCGCAACUGAAAACGGAGUUCCUCCCACUCCUGAGUGUGUCGUUUGUCUCGGAGAACAGCGUGGUUGCAGCUGGCCACGACUGCUGCCCCAUGCUCUUCAACUGCGACGACCGCGGCGCCCUCAGCUUUGUCUCCAAACUCGACAUUCCCAAGCAGAGCAUCCAGCGCAACAUUUCGGCCAUGGAGCGUUUCCGCAACAUGGACAAGAGAGCCACUACGGAGGAUCGCAACACGACUCUGGAGACCCUGCACCAGAACAGCAUCACCCAAGUGUCUAUCUAUGAGGUGGACAAGCGAGACUGUCGCAAGUUCUGCACCACCGGCAUCGAUGGAGCCAUGACCAUCUGGGACUUCAAGACUUUAGAGUCUUCCAUCCAAGGUUUGCGGAUCAUGUAAAGGCAGCUCUACAUUCUCUAGCCAGACAACUCACUCGGGCACCUGCACAGACUUGAAAAGGGAUGGUGAAGAUGGGUCACUUCGAAGCACUGAAGACACGACAGCUUGUUGGGUUUCCCCCUCCCCCUCUCACAUAUCCCCCCCCCAUUUUGGUGAGAUGUGUUGCGAAUCAGCUGUGACUGGUAUAUUUUUGUUGGGGUGGUUGUUGUUUUUUUAAUUAUUGGUUGUUUCAUUCCAUUCUUUACCAAAGCUGCUCCUUAAAAUAGUUUAUUGCAGGAAGUAUGGAUCACUAACUUAAAAGGGGAAUUUUGUGUAAACUUGUCUGCUAGAAAAUUAAAACAAGAAAUGCCAGA